UUACUUUCUCUCUUUAGACUCUCUCACUUUCUCUUCUAGAGUUGUCGCCAUUGAUUCAGACGAAAAUCUCUCUCGCCGGCCGGCAUUCCAAUUCAGAACAAUAGAGUCCAUGGAUUCUUCACAGCAGAGGAGAGGAGGAUUGGUAUCGCUAUCUCCGUCGCAGACUCCACGUUCCAGUGAUAAAUCAGCUCGAGAUCUGAGACCAGGGGAUUCAAAUUCAAGUAGCAAGAAUGAUAAGGAUAAAGGUGUAAACGUGCAGGUUAUUCUGCGUUGCAGGCCACUGAGUGAGGAUGAGGCCAGAAUUAAUACACCGGUGGUGAUUUCUUGUAAUGAGAAUAGGAGGGAAGUUUGUGCUGUACAGAACAUUGCUAACAAGCAAAUUGAUAGAAACUUUCUUUUUGACAAGGUCUUUGGUCCAACCUCCCAGCAAAAGCACUUGUAUGAUAUUGCUGUGUCUCCAAUUGUGAAUGAAGUUCUUGAGGGGUACAACUGCACUAUAUUUGCUUAUGGUCAGACGGGAACGGGGAAGACAUACACAAUGGAAGGAGGAGCUAGGAAAAAGAAUGGGGAAUUUCCCAGUGAUGCAGGUGUUAUACCAAGAGCUGUUAAAGAAAUUUUCGACAUAUUAGAAGCUCAGCAUGCUGAAUAUAGCAUGAAAGUUACAUUUCUUGAGCUUUACAAUGAGGAGAUAACAGAUCUUUUGGCACCAGAGGAAACAUCGAAAUUCAUAGAUGACAAAUCUAAGAAGCCCAUUGCUCUUAUGGAAGAUGGAAAAGGGGGUGUUUUUGUUAGAGGCUUAGAAGAAGAGAUAGUUUGUACUGCAAAUGAAAUCUACAAAAUCUUGGAAAAAGGUUCUGCUAAAAGACGAACAGCUGAGACUCUUCUUAACAAACAAAGUAGUCGUUCUCAUUCUAUAUUUUCCAUCACAAUUCAUAUCAAGGAGUGUACUCCAGAGGGGGAAGAAAUGAUCAAAUGUGGAAAGCUAAAUCUUGUUGACCUUGCUGGUUCUGAGAAUAUUUCACGUUCUGGUGCACGAGAGGGAAGAGCAAGGGAAGCAGGAGAGAUUAAUAAAAGCUUGCUUACACUUGGUCGUGUCAUUAAUGCCCUCGUUGAGCAUUCUGGCCAUGUUCCAUAUAGGGAUAGCAAAUUAACAAGAUUGUUGAGGGAUUCCUUGGGAGGGAAAACAAAAACAUGUAUAAUUGCCACAAUAUCACCCUCCAUUCAUUGUCUGGAAGAAACACUCAGCACUCUAGAUUAUGCACACCGUGCCAAAAAUAUCAAGAACAAACCAGAGAUUAAUCAGAAGAUGAUGAAAUCUGCUAUGAUCAAAGAUCUAUAUUCUGAAAUUGAUCGGCUGAAGCAAGAGGUAUAUGCUGCAAGAGAGAAGAAUGGAAUUUAUAUUCCACGAGAUCGUUAUCUCAAUGAAGAAGCUGAGAAGAAGGCUAUGGCUGAAAAAAUAGAGCGGAUGGAACUCGAGUCAGAAUCUAAGGAUAAGCAACUUAUGGAGCUUCAGGAGCUGUACAAUUCGCAGCAGCUUUUGACUGCAGAAUUAAGUGAGAAACUGGAAAAAACAGAGAACAAGCUUGAGGAAACUGAACAUUCGUUGUUUGACCUUGAAGAGAAACAUAAGCAGGCAAAUGCAGCAAUUAAAGAGAAAGAAUUUUUGAUAUCCAAUCUCCUCAAAUCUGAGAAAGCUCUUGUUGAGCGUGCUUUUGAACUCCGAGCAGAGCUUGAAAAUGCUGCAUCAGAUGUCUCUAAUUUGUUUGAGAAAAUUGAGCGGAAGGAUAAAAUUGAGGAUGGAAACAGAGCACUAAUCCAAAAGUUCCAAUCCCAAUUAACCCAACAGCUCAACAUCUUGCAUAGGACUGUAGCGUCCUCUGUGGUUCAACAGGAGCAGCAACUGAAAGAGAUGGAAGAAGACAUGCAGUCUUUUGUAUCAACGAAGGCAGAGGCUACUGAAGAACUUAAAGGAAGAUUAGGGAAAUUGAAGACUAUGUAUGGUUCUGGUAUCAAAGCUUUGGACAAUAUAGCUGUGGAGCUUGAUGGGAACUCAAAGUCAACUUUUGGUGAUCUAAAUUCUGAAGUUUCUAAGCAUUCACAUGCCCUUGAGGAUCUCUUCAAAGGAAUUGCUUCUGAAGCUGAUGCAGUACUUAAUGAUCUUCAAAGUAGUCUUUAUAAGCAAGAAGAGAAGCUAACUGCAUUUGCACAGCAACAACGUCAGGCACAUUCAAGAGCGGUAGAAACUGCAAGAUCAGUUUCUAAAAUAGCAGUGAACUUCUUUGAGACUUUAGAUAUGCAUGCAUCCAAGUUCACCCAAAUUGUGGGAGAAGCACAAAAAGUCAAUGAUCAGAAAUUAUCUGAAUUAGAGAAGAAGUUUAAGGAAUGUGCAGCUGAUGAAGAAAGGCAAUUGUUAGAAAAAGUGGCAGAAUUGCUUGCAAGUUCAAAUUCUAGGAAGAAAAAACUGGUCCAAAUGGCAGUUCAUGAUCUCCGGGAGAGUGCAUGCAGUAGAACAAGCAAAUUGCAGCAGGAAAUGUCAACCAUGCAAGAAUCCACUUCUACUGUUAAAGCUGAAUGGACAGUCCAUGUGGAGAAAAUUGAAUCCCACUAUCUCGAGGAUACUUCUGCUGUUGAAAGUGGAAAGAAAGAGUUGGAAGAGGUUCUUCAUAACUGUUUGGAAAAGGCAAAAAUGAGCGCAGAACAGUGGAGGCAUGCUCAAGAAUCCCUGCUCACUCUAGAAGGGAGAAAUGUUGCUUCUGUGGAAUCCAUUGUUAGGGGAGGAAUGGAAGCGAAUCAAAGCCUUCGUACUCGGUUUUCUUCAGCUGUGUCCACUGUUCUUGAAGAUGUUGACAUUGUGAACAACAAUUUUCUUACAUCCAUUGAUCAUUCAUUACAACUUGACCGUGAUGCAUGUAGAAAUCUAAAUUCCAUUAUUCUUCCCUGUUAUGGGGAUUUAAGGGAAUUGAAGGGUGGUCACUACCACAAGAUUGUAGAAAUUACAGAGAAUGCAGGGAAAUGUCUGCUUGAUGACUACACGGUCGACGAACCAUCUUGUUCAACACCGAGAAAGAGGUCAUUCAAUCUUCCUAGUGUCUCCUCCAUCGAGGAACUGAAAACUCCUCCAUUUGAGGAACUUGUGAAGUCAUUUUGGGAAUCCAAAUCUGGGAAACAUGCAAAUGGAGAUGUAAAACAUAUUAUGGCAGCAUACGAAGCUGCCCAGUCCGUGAGAGACUCCAGAGUUCCUCUCACUGCUAUUAACUAAAAUAAAUGAAUGACAGGAGAUAAAAUGAGUACAGUGGUAAGAAAAAGUAUGUACAGAAUUCAUAUUGGCUCUCUUCCCCUAUCAUAUUCAUUAACUGUUUCCAGGAAAUAUAUAUAGCAUUGUUUAUUAGAGUUGUUUUUCCUUUGGGGGUUAAAUCUAUCUGUUGAGAUUUAUUGGGAGGCUUUUAAAUGCUUUGUAACUAGAAAUGCCAGAGUUAAUUCUGAUUUUCUACCUAUAAAUGUAAGGCCAUAGAUUUUUUUAUGGGGCAGUGGCCAUAUGGUACUCAUUGUCUGACUAAAAAUUUCCUCUUAAAUAUUAAUUUAGUGGGCCAUAAACUUUUGUCGAUAUUUCUCUACAUGAGACUUGAGCCUUCUUAAUCUUCAUUUUCAUAGCAUACUUGCAUGUAACAUAAAAGACUGAUGAAAGACAGCAUUUCAUUUCUCUGGGUUACGGGUUAAAGGAUGCAACUCUUUUGUGUUUAACAAAUGGCAGUACAGGACCAUGUCAAAGGAGGAAGAGCAAUUGAGCAAAUAUGAACGUGAAGACCACCAUUUCCUUUCAAGUAGAGGAGAAUAUGAUCUUACCUCUAGGGGCAAGGAAAAAAAAUAGUGUGGCAGUUAUCUGUCCAACCAACAAAUUUCUCAGCGGGAAAGGCACAGAGCGUUGUAUCAACGCGAACAAACUUUGUUCGACAUGAUGUACUCAUCAUGAUAAGAGAUUGAGGCCAUCAC